AUGCUUAGAACAGUACGAUAUUACUCGAAAGUAAUAAACAUUAAAGAUAAAGGAGAGAAAGCUGCUCGAGUGAUUCGUUCAGAAUUUUCAACAUUAAAAGAACAUUAUGAUGCUCCAAAAUAUCCAAUUGUAUUAUGCCAUGGGUUUUCAGGUUUUGAUAGAUUAGGACUUUUCCCACUUCCAAAUUUAUUAAAUGAUACAACUAAGAAAACAAAAGAAUUGACAGAAAAAAGUUUAAUUGAAUUAGAUUAUUGGUAUGGAAUAAAAGAAGCACUUGAAAAAUUAGGAUCUACUGUAUUUAUAGCAAAAGUUCCAGCAUUUGGUGAUAUUAAAAGUCGAGCAAUAAGUCUUGAUAAAUUCAUUGAAAAAAAAUGCAAAAAUUUAAGAGAAACAGAAUCAAAAUCAUCCAUUUAUAAUAAACCAAAUGAAGAUGAAUCUACAUUUAAAGAUAAACAGGAACCUAUUAAAGUAAAUUUAAUUAGUCAUUCAAUGGGUGGAUUAGAUAGUAGAUAUUUAAUUUCUAAAAUUCAUAAUAAUAAAGAAAAUGGGAAUUAUAAAGUUGCAUCAUUAACAACAAUUUCAACUCCUCAUCAUGGAUCUGAAUGUGCUGAUUUUAUUGUUGAUUUAAUUGGGAAAAAUCAAAUUUUAAAACAAUUGUGUCCACCAUCUAUUUUCCAAUUGACUACUUCUCAUAUGAAGAAAUUCAAUGAACUUGUUCAAGAUGAUCCUACGGUACAAUAUUUUUCAUUUGGUGCUAGAUUUAAUCCACGAUGGUAUAAUUUAUUCAGUUUGACUUGGUUAGUGAUGAAAUAUAAAAUAGAGCAAGAACAGGCAGACAAGUUUCGUCAAUUGAUUGAUAAUGAUGGACUUGUCAGUGUAGAGAGCUCGAAAUGGGGUCAAUACAUUGCUACGUUAGAUGAAGUAGAUCACUUAGAUUUAAUCAAUUGGACAAAUAAAGCAAGAAGUGUAUUUGAUAAAGUUAUGUUUGCACAAACUCCAAAUUUUAACCCAAUCGCAUUGUAUUUGGAAAUUGCAGAUCAAUUAUCUAAGAAAAAUCUAUAG